UAAAAGUUUAGUAGUCUUUGGAGUAUGGAGUGUGGAUUUAAAUUGGAGGUUAUGCAAUAACAAAACGCCGACAAGCAAAACAGGUUGAAACGUCAAUACAAUACUGAAACUACUGAAAAGAAAAUCUCUUAUAAUUCGGAAAAAUUAACUAGAACUUGCUGAAAUCUACAUAUAUAUGAGUGCUACAAGCCGUAAAGGCCCGGUAUUCGAUCCGGGCUUGUGCCGUUGUUGCGGCGCGCUGAAGAAAUGUCGCCUGUUGAACCACGAAUACGAAUGGCAAGGAAAGAAAGAAGUCUACUCAGAUAUGUUCGUGGAUUGCUUUGGUUUAAUGCUUUCACACCUAGAUGGCUCCGAGCUGGAGCGCCUCAUAUGCGCGACCUGUGUGCUCCGUCUGCGGGACGCCAGUGCGUUCCGCGGGCAGGUGCUGCGCUGUGAGGAAACACUGCUGCAGGCCAGCAUACAUGUGCAUGGAGACAAUGUGCUACCAGAGGUGAAGCAGGAACCGGAAGUGAAUCUAGAGGAGCGGCCCGGGGAAGUAUCCGAGCCCCCUGAAGCUGAUGAUGACGUCAUGGACCCGGACUAUGUGGACGAAGGCGUCAAUAACGGGGAUUUAGACGUCGCGGUGGAGAAACCAAAGAAGUCUCCGAAGAAGGAAAAGAAAAAAGUGAAGCGGCGAGAGAAGCGCGGCAAGCGCGAGCUUAUGGAGAAGAUGAGGAAGACUGGAGAAAGGCUGAGGAAACUGGAGAAAAUCGAAAUCCAACCAGCAGUGGAGAAGAAGCGAGUGGUGGACGCGGACUACAAGGCGUACAAGGACUGCGUCACGCUCGUAGAGAGCUCGUACGCGUGUCCGUUCGACACUUCUUUCAGCGAUUAUUUCUGCGUCUAUUGCCGACAGGUAUUCACGGACCCCGACAAACUGCGUGAACACACCCUCACCCACGACCCUGUCGCCUACAAAGACAUCGUGACAGCUGUCAAAAAGCUCCCCCAAAUCGACGUCCACCGAAUAGACUGCCGCCUUUGCUCUGUCAAAAUUGAUUCCCUUGACACUUUCAAAGAUCACCUCAAUAAUGUUCACGGUAUGACAUUUUACCCUAACCCUAGCGAUUUUCUAAUUUACAAACUAACUUUGACAAACUUGACGUGUCUAGAAUGUAAUCAAACUUUUGGAUUUUUCCACGCAUUAAGAAAACACAUGGCGGAACAUUUCGGCACUUGUAUCUGCGAUGUUUGCGGCGCACAUUAUUUCGAAGAGCGAAUGUUAAUUUUACAUCAAAAAACACAUCAGAGAAUCGACGAGAAUUUCCCAUGCAAAGAUUGUGGUAAAAACUUCAAAUCUAAGCAUAGUAGGUAUUUACACGAAGCGCGAACACAUAAAAAGGAACCGGCGUAUCAAUGUGUCAAAUGCGAUGCUGUAUUAUUUUCUUAUACUUUAAGAUAUCGUCAUAUGAUUGAGGUGCAUGGCGAAGAAAGGCUUUUUCCAUGCGAACAUUGCGACAGAGCAUACGACAGUCGAAAAUCACUCCGAGAACAUAAUAGGCGAUCUCAUUUAAAAAUAUUUAAACAUCAAUGCGAUUUGUGCGAUAAAAGAUUUUACUUGCCUUCAAGACUUAAAGAGCAUAUGGCUACACAUACUGGGGAAAGGAAUUAUAGGUGUGAAUAUUGUGGUAAGAGUUAUCCGAGACUUAGAGGCUUGAAGGUGCAUAUGCAGUCGCAUGGGGCGGAGAAGAAGUUUAGAUGUACUUUGUGUGGGGCAGCUUUUACGCAGAAUGUUAAUUUGAGGAAUCAUGUGAAGAGACAGCAUCAGGGCUUAGAUUUGGAUGAAUUUCAUGAUUAAUUUGAAUAUAUCAGUUAUACAGGCAAUACACUAAGUAAUCGAAUCGAAUGUUUCUUUAUGUAAGGGUAAUUGAACCUAAUGUCUGA